AUGCCAAGUCAUAAACAACAACAUUAUCGUCAACGAUCUUCUCACCGUCAUCAGCGACGUGAACGAAAAAUUUCUCAAAAAAUUGAGAUUUCCAAAGAUAUGGCAACAUCAAAUAUAGAAAUUUCAAUCAAGUCCGAAGGGCCCAUUGAUACAAAAAUUGUAUUGGACCCGUCUGUGUUUGGUUUAACAACAGACACUGUCUCGUCACCAUCAUCUCCAGUUCAUUCAUUAACAACAGCAGAACCAAAUAUACCACUCAAUCCACCACGUAUUGAUCUUUCAACACCACCACCACCAUCACUUAGAAAUUUUUUGUUAAGUACGGGAAUGUGGGAAACAGAUAGUUUCGAACAUCUUCCAUAG